CAUGUUUGACAGCGCUCGCGGCUGUGGGAGGGAGCGCGGAGGGAUUGUUUGAUGACAGCAGCUCGCGGCGGCGGCGCGUGAGCCCGUCACACACUCCCUUUGAAGUGAGCCGGUGGAAUCCGCUCUCCCGCUGACCCAUGAACCGGCGGCCGGUUCCGGUGCCCUGCACGGUGGCUUUCCGCUUUAGAGUCCGGGCAGCAGGGAUGUAAAGCCCGCCGCGGCGCCGCAUCUUCAGGCGCUUCUGACCGAACCGGGAGUCCAGAAGUGACGGAGAGGAAGAUGGAGGUCCAAAGUGCUGCUCAGCAGCAGGAGUCCUGCCCUCUGGACGCUCCUCGGGCGGGGCACGGUCAGCACAGUGAAGUCAAUGACAGACAGAUGGAUGCCAGCAGCAGGCCGUCCACCGACAACCACAGCAAGGACACAAAGCCGGCAAGCCAGAGAGACGACGCAAAGCCCAGUGCGGCAGUGAGAGGUUACCACAGCGGUAAGGCGGCAGGCCCGAGCUUCGGCGCAGGUCGGAGCGGCCACGCUGUCACUCGGACGGGUCUGCAGCACUGUAUGUCCCAGUACCCACAACACCCUGUGUGUACACAAACAGGCUACAACUACUGCACAGGACACACAACUCAGCCCUAUGCUCCACCCCCUCAUCCCAUGGCUCCUCCCAGCCCCAGCACCAACAGCUGCAGCCAGGGCGGCGCGGAGCAGCUAAGUAAGACCAACCUAUACAUUCGUGGGCUGCCGCCCGGGACCACCGACCAGGACCUCAUCAAGCUUUGCCAACCAUACGGAAAAAUAGUGUCAACUAAGGCUAUUCUGGACAAGAACACCAACCAGUGCAAAGGCUAUGGCUUUGUGGAUUUUGACAGUCCAGCCGCAGCGCAGAAGGCCGUGUCGUCUCUGAAAGCCACUGGAGUCCAGGCCCAAAUGGCCAAGCAACAAGAGCAGGACCCCACCAACCUGUACAUCUCCAAUCUGCCGGUGUCCAUGGACGAGCAGGAGCUGGAGAACAUGCUCAAACCCCUGGGGCACGUUAUCUCCACGAGGAUACUGAGGGAUGCCAAUGGAGUCAGCAGAGGAGUGGGCUUUGCCAGGAUGGAAUCUACAGAGAAGUGUGAAGUUGUGAUACAACAUUUCAAUGGGAAAUACCUGAAAACCCCACCAGGCAUUCCAGCCCCCACGGAGCCUUUGCUGUGCAAAUUUGCUGAUGGAGGGCAGAAGAAACGCCAAAGCCAGAGCAAGUACCCCCAGAACGGGAGGCCGUGGCACAGAGACGGCGAGACUGGCAUGGCGUUAACAUAUGAUCCUGCUGCAAUGCAGAAUGGUUUCUACUCUUCGCCUUACAGUCUCGCCACCAACCGCAUGAUAGCACAGACGUCCAUCACGCCCUUCAUCGCUGCUUCCCCCGUCUCCACAUAUCAGGUCCAGAGUACGUCAUGGAUGCCUCAUCAACAGUAUGUUAUGCAACCAACAGGUGCAGUGAUCACGCCAGCCAUGGACCCCUCCAUGUCCAUGCAGCCUGCCAGCAUGAUGGGCCCUCUCACCCAGCAGAUGAACCAUCUAUCUCUGGGCACUACAGGAAGUUACAUGACUGCUGCAGCCGCUGCAGCUCCUAUGCAAGGGACCUACAUUCCCCAGUACACUCCUGUGCCUCCGACAGCCGUCCCCGUGGAAGGAGUGGUGACAGACGCCUCGCCUCAGACCGUGGCUCCUUCGUCACAGGAGCUGGGGGGCCAGCAGCAACAGAUCCAGGUGGACGGGGCCGCCGAUCACGUUCCCGCGUACUCAUACCAGUCCAAAUAGCAGCGGCCUGAGCGAGUUCCUGUGACAGCGUUGCCUUGAGACAGAAGGUGGCUGCACUGUGAAUGUGAGGGAAAAACAAAGAGAUUGCUUCCAGAUUGCCCAGGCACCAAAAAACCAACAAAAAAACAAAAAAAAGACACUUUUUCAUUUCCUACCUGGCCCACGAGAAGAAGAAGAAGAAGAAGACGGCGGCGGCGGCGCAGUCCGGACGGACGAGGGGAACUCGUUGGUGCAAAGGAGUCUGGGAACCUGGCUAAAGGGCUGGGCUAAAGCUUGAAACGUUUCUCAAAGAAAAAUUCUCAACCAGUAAAAAAGAAAAUGACAAAAAAAAAAAAAAAAAA